AUGCAAAUGGACAAACUGCUCGGAAAACUUUCAAUGAUUCACCUCGAUGGAGAAGCGGCAGGAGGAAUUGAAGAAGUUGAAGAAGCAAAGCAAGUUGAAUUAGUCCAAGUAGUUGAAGCAGUUGACCCAGUUGAAGGAGCAGGAGCAGUCGAAGCAACAAAGCAACAGCAAACACCACACGAGACGCCGAUCCACCUCAGAGACAGGACUGAGUUUUGGGCCUACAUUGAAUCAUCGCCGAUGCGUACAAACACGACCAAUUCAACAGUCUCACUGAGAUGGGUCUCUGACACCAAACCUCCACCAGUAUACUGCCUGCCAAAGAUACACAUCAGCUAUGCAAACAAGGUAAAGCUGGGAUUGGGAUCAACGGAGGUGCUCCAGAAUGGUAUUGCGGACCUGGCAAUCCAGCCAAACAAAUGA